GCAAUUGCAAGAGAAGAGAACUCUCCCAAAAACGGAAAACAGAUUACAGAUACAGAGCCCAAAAAAAGGGGAUCGUUCUGUUAACACCCGCUUGCCUAGUACGAACUACGAAGAAAUAGAGUGUUGAAAUUAAAAUAAAAUAAAAUAAAAUAAAGAGGCAUAUGAAAUGAAAUCGUGAAUGAUUGAUCCGCCGUGGCUUAAGGAGCUGCCCAAAUCUUAAUGGAUGAGCUCUCACUCUUUUUUCACUCUUUCUAUUUACUCAUAAUACCAUUUAUUUUAGCAUUUUCAGGCCAAGCUGCAGAAACAAAUCUAAUCUGAUCAAAAAGAAAAAGCCUCGUUUCGCCAUCACCGCAAUCACAAUGAUUCACUUUGUCAUUCUCAAUAAUAGGCAAGGAAAGGUUAGGCUGACGAAAUGGUAUUCAACUUAUUCUCAAAAGGAAAGAUCCAAGGUAAUUCGAGAACUCACUGGCAUUAUACUAAGUCGGGGCCCCAAGCUUUGUAACUUUGUGGAGUGGAGGGGACUUAAAGUUGUCUAUAAACGUUACGCCGGCCUCUAUUUCAGUAUGUGCAUUGACCAGGAUGACAAUGAAUUGGAGACCCUUGAUAUAAUUCACCAUUAUGUUGAGAUGCUGGACCGCUAUUUUCUCAAUGUCUGUGAGCUGGACUUGAUUUAUAAUUUUCACAAGGCUUAUUAUAUACUGGAUGAGCUCUUGCUUGCUGGGGAGCUUCAAGAGUCAAGCAGGAGAACAAUUGCAAGGCUGGUAGCUGCACAGGAUUCAUUAGUAGAGACUGCUCGAGAGCAGGCCAGUUUACUAGGGGAUUUGGUCAAGCAGGCCAUGUGAUCAGGCAGGCCACCAAAUCGACAAAUGGUUUUAUAUCUACACUUGUGGAAAAUAAUCAAAACAUACAAUCUCGAGCAACCUCUUAUGGUAACUCUUACUCUUUUCAGUGACUGAUGAACACAAGUUUCCUAAAUGAUAGUGGCACUGUGUAUGUGAUUUCUGCAUUCGAAUGUUACUUGGUGCAUGCUCCCCUCCUCCUUCCCCCGCCAAAAUCAAACGGCGUGAGGGAAAGUGUGCCGGCAUUUAGCACAACAGAGUACUGUACUUUUUUCCUUUUUAUCUAUUGAAUAAUCUAGAUGCUUCUACUUCAUGCUGCGAUCUGCAGCUAACAAUGGGUCACCAUGAAAAGGGGAUGACUAGUGUUCUAUGUAUCCUCAGCCAUUUAAGCAUUGUCUCAUGGAAUAAUGCUACUGACAAUAAUUUUCACAACAUUUAGUUAAUAAAUUUUUACUGGUUCUUAUUUGAGCCCACUUUGAUA